ACAAGUGUCAAAAUGUCUGAAAGAAAAGCUGUAAUCAAGAAUGCUGACAUGUCAGAAGACAUGCAGCAGGAUGCUGUUGACUGUGCAACACAAGCUCUAGAGAAAUACAACAUCGAGAAAGAUAUUGCAGCAUACAUCAAGAAAGAGUUCGACAAAAAAUACAACCCAACAUGGCAUUGUAUCACCGGACGUAACUUUGGAAGCUACGUUACACACGAAACCAAGCAUUUCAUCUACUUUUACUUAGGACAAGUCGCCAUCUUGCUCUUCAAAUCUGGUUAGAAAAAUCAGCAUUACAAACGAGAGGAAACACGAACAAUAAGAACAACUUUACUGCCAUUUAUCAAGUUGUGAUGAUUAGAUCUGACGCUUAUAUUUUACAUAAGCGGCCCCUUCAGCAUUGACACGUGACAACAUUGUUACCGCAUUUUGUUAUUUGUUAUUUAUUUUAUACACAUAUAGUGUUAUUCUAUAAAUAUUUUUAUGUUUUGUAUUUUGGGUGAUCUGUUUCCUAAACAUAAAGUAUGAAAGAAGA